UGUCUGCAAAUGUGAUUUAUACCUUAAAAUUCCUAUCUUAUCCUAAGGAUAAGUUCAUAUUAAUGGAAGAGCCACUGUACAUAACAGCCACAAGUGUGAGCUUUGAUUUUCGCUUGUGACAUUGCAGUUUGCAGCGUUCAACGUUUGCGACGUCAUAAAACUUUUCAUUUAACCUUUUUGUACCCUGUGUGUAUUACAGUAUUAUAACUGCCUUAGCUUUCAAACACUUUACAAGCAAAUGAUAUGUGGAAUGUUGAUAUUGUUUUUUGUACACGGAACAAGUCAUUUGUUUACAGUGCAAAGAAUAACCCCCUUGAAGUCCAGAGUGGGUUGUACACAAAGCAGUGAAUGUAAACUCUCACCAGGAACUAGAAUACAAUGUGAUUGAUUUGAAGAGGAGUGUGAUACAAUGGAUUCCCUUCCUAUACAGUCCAAGAUGGACUGUUCAUGUAUGGAGCUUGCUUUGGAAGGGGAGAGGCAGUGUAAGGCGGGAGACUGUAGAACAGGGGUCCAGUUCUUUGAGGCGGCGGUUCAGUCUGGGACAGACGACCUUAAAACCCUGAGUGCCAUAUACAGUCAACUCGGGAAUGCCUACUUCUAUCUUCAGGAAUAUGGGAAAGCUUUGGAGUACCACAAACUAGAUUUGUCUCUGGCACGAACUCUCGGAGAUAAAGUCGGUGAAGCCAAAGCCAGUGGAAAUCUAGGAAACACUCUCAAAGUUCUGGGCAAAUUUGAUGAAGCCAUUGCUUGUUGUAACCGACAUUUGGAGAUAUCUAGGGAACUGGAGGAUAAGGUAGGAGAGGCCAGAGCUUUAUACAACCUGGGCAAUGUGCACCACGCCAAAGGUAAACACACAGGGAGGUGUGGCGACCAGGACCCAGGGGAAUUCCCACCAGAGGUCAAGGACUCUCUCCAAAAGGCAGCAGAAUUUUAUGAAGGCAAUUUGCUAAUUGUUCGAGAAAUUGGGGAUAAAGCUGCCCAGGGUCGAGCUUGUGGCAACUUAGGCAACACAAACUAUCUCCUUGGAAACUUCAGUGCUGCCAUACGAUAUCACGAAGAGAGGCUAGCCAUAGCAAAAGAAUUCGGUGACAAGCAGGCGGAAAGACGAGCUUACAGUAAUUUAGGAAACGCACACAUCUUCCUGGGAGAAUUUGAUGUGGCAGCAGAAAAAUACAGGAAAACUCUACAGAUAGCCAAGCUUCUCGGUGACAAAGCCUUAGAGGCCCAGGCUUGCUACAGUCUAGGGAACACCUAUACACUUCUCAGGGACUAUGAAAAAGCCAUUGAAUAUCACAUGAGACACUUACAGAUUGCCCAGGAGCUCAGUGACCGUGUGGGAGAGGGCCGGGCUUGUUGGAGUCUGGGCAACGCCCACACAGCUCUUGGGAAUCAUGAAGAUGCCAUGCAGUUUGCUAAUCAACAUCUACAAAUCUCCAAAGAGAUAGGGGAUGAGACAGGGCAGCUGACAGCUCAAAUGAAUCUAGCUGAUCUCAAACAGGUGCUUGGAAUCAAUGGAAAUCAACACAUGGACGAGAGUGAUGUUGGAAUAAGUCGGCGACCAUUCAGAAGACACAGCAUGGAGAAUAUGGAGUUAAUGAAACUUACUCCAGACAAAAAGGGGGAGACAGGAGGAGCCAGGCCCAAGAUGAACAAAUUCGUGAAAUCUGCCAGUGUAGCAGUAGAAGUAGACAGAGAAAAGAAAGACAAACAAAUGACACAAGAAGAAAUGAGUGAAGAUUCAUUCUUUGACUUGUUAAGCAAGUUUCAGAGUCGUAGAAUUGAUGAUCAGAGGUGUUCAUUCAAACCCACAGCUCAAUCUGAACCAAAACUUGAGAGCACAGAAAAUUCACUUAAAGAAACAGGAAGUGAAGAGUUUCUGGACAUGGUGGCAGGUAUCCAGAGUUCACGGAUGAAUGAUCAACGAGCGGAACUUCCACGAUAUCCAGGUCUCAACUCCCAGGAGGUCAUCACUCAGUAUCUCCACAACCAGCCCACAGAAGAGCCUGAUGAUGCCUUCUUUGAAAUGCUGAUGCGUUGUCAGGGAAGCAGAAUAGAAGACCAGAGAAGUGCAAUGCCACCACCCCGGCCCGCCCCUACAGUUCCAGAUGAGGACUUUUUUAGUUUAAUUCAAAAAGUUCAAUCCAGUCGCUUGGAAGAGCAAAGAACUACCUUACCUAAACUUAUUCCUGAAACAACAGGCAAGAAGAAGAAAAAAUAGCCCCAGUGUGAGUGUGAGGAUACUCGCAGUAAUACAUGCUGUACUUAAUUAUGUUGACUGUUAGUGAACUUGUUUUUUUUUUUCUUUCUUUUUAAACUAACAGUAUGUGCUUCAAAUCAAGGUACACAAAUUUUUUACUUGAUGUUUUGUUAAAAUGAUGAGGUGCAUAGCACAAAUGUAUUUAUUUAAUAAGAUGAAAUUGAGCAUGCUUUAAAAAUGUGAUAUACAGUACAUAUAGUACUUAUCAAUGUAAUUUUUAAUUUGAGCCCAGCUUCAUAUACCAGUAAUAAGAUUUCUGUUUGAACUUAAAACAUACACCCCUCUUUUCUUUACAUAGGAAAAAAUUAUCACUCAUGUUAGAAAAUAUCUCAAUUUGUUUUGUCCCUCCCAAAGAGCAGCAAUCUCUGAAGAUGGAGAAAUCUCUGGUUGUAGAUCUCAAUUUGUGUUGGCUUCAAAAGAAUCACAUGUAUCUAUAGGUCUGUUUUUAUAUGUUUUUAUAUGUACUUGUAAAUGUGUGUAUUUUUAGAAGGAAAAUAAUCUUCCCCAUUCUUGGUUACCAUAUUUUUAGCUUCAUUUCCUUUCUAUCAUAAGCCUCAUUAUUGGAUAAACAUGUAACAUUUAACAGUUGUCAUUUUCACUUGAAUAUUUUCAACAAGUUAGAGUAUUUUGCAAUACAAUAUCAAUAAAUACAACAGGUGCUUGUUUAUACAUGUAUGUUCUGGCAUGUCAUAAUCUUGUGGCAUUUUCUGUGUUACAUUAGGAAAACUUUCCAGAAUCAGUAUUACAAAGGAAUUGGUGUUGUAGAGUAGAUCAUUCCAAACUACAUCCUGGCAUUACUAUAUGAAAGAAGAGAGAAAGAUAUGGCAUGAAAAGAGUGUGAAAAUUAUGUUUCAAUUUCAAGUAAUGUCUUAUGAAUGUUUAUGUAUGAUAUCCAUGAUUUAAAUGUUUUACAUCAUUUCAUGGGACCAUAAUAAAAUGUGUAACCUAU